AUGACAUCCUUUGAGAUGCAAGAGGGCCUCAUAACUUAUGACACAAAUGGGAGUAUUAAUUUGCUACCUGGAUACAUGUUUGAUCCCACUAAUGAAGUUCUUGUGGAUUUCUACCUUAAGAGGAGGAUCUUUGCUCAACCUCUUCCUGUUCAAAUAAUUCCAGAUUUUGAUGUGUUUCAGAUUGAGCCUUGGGGGCUUCCCGGAGAUGGAAAGAUUUUCAAUGAACGCAAGUGCUUCUUCUAUAACACCAUGGGACGUGACCUUGGAUGCCUUAACAUGAGAACAGCUGGGAUUGGCCAUUGGAAGGUUGUGGAGAUAGCCAAAGAUGUUCCUAUCCCUCAAAGCAAUGAGGUGAUUGGGAAGAGAAACACCCUAGUUUUCUGGGAGGUACAAGGAGCAUGUUAUAGAAAGACCAAAUGGGUGAUGCAUGAGUUUCGCCUUGUGUCAACACUUAACCCAUCUAAGAUGGCAAAUUGGGUUGUGUACCGCAUCUUUCAGAAAAAUGAUUCAAAAAAUGUAAAGAAAGUAGAAGAGUCUAAUGUGGAGAGCUUCAACUAUGACAGAAUUGAUGGAAGUGUUGAGGUCAUUGAUUUUAAAAAGGAGAAUAAAAAUUUCUCAUGUCUUACCUCGAUGACCCCUUCCUUUAAGUGA